AUGGUGCGCGAGAGCGGCAUCUCGGCUACCAAGCCCAUCUUCCCCAGCUACCUCCUCCCCAGCUUCAAGUUUGCUCUCCCCGGCCGUCGCCGCCACUCCGCGUCGUCCUCAUCGUCCACGUCGUCAGCAGCAUCCACGCAAUCGGAGUCGUCCAGCGUCUCAUCCGCAGUGACCACGCCGACUGGCUCUCCUCCAGACGACCGCGAUUUUACCUUUGACGCACCGCUGAAGAGCGAGCCAUCUCCAGGCCGUCGGCUCUCUCGGACGGCAGCCGAUACGUUGCGCUGUUCGAGUUGCUCGACGGACAUUGCCUUUACGUCGCAGAUUGUCUCCAAGGGAUUCACCGGCCGCUAUGGCCGUGCCUAUCUGAUUUCGCCGGCCACCCCAACAGGCCUGUCGUGGUCGGCGGCGUCGGCGCCCUCGCUGCUGAACAUACGAAUUGGCAAGGACGAGAAUAGGCAGCUCGUCACGGGGUGGCACGUCGUGGCGGACAUUUGCUGCGGGAUAUGCUCGCGCAAGCUGGGGUGGAAGUACGUGGACGCCAAGGAGGAGUCGCAAAAGUACAAGGUGGGCAAGUUUAUCUUGGAGACGGAGCGGGUGGUGACACAUCGGAGCUGGGAAGACGUGCCUCUUUCCGAGGGCCGGGAAAAGAUCGGAGGAGGCAAAAGGGAAGAAGAGGAGGAAGAGGUCGAGUUUGAUUCUUCGGAUGAGGAGGAGUGCGAGGCUGUUUUUGCUGGGCUUUGGGAUGCAAAGACGGCGGCUAGGCGGAGGAUUCGCCUGGGCAAGUGA